AAGACGUGAGAAGGACGCUAAUAAGUCAGUCUUAUUAUUUGUUCUCCAGUUUGAAAUAUUUACGUCCUAUAAAAUACAUCUAAGAUUCUUUAUUCAAGGAUAAAAUGGUCUCGAUGUGCUAGAAGCACUGUGCCGCUUCUCGUGCUCGUUUAUUGUUAGUUAGCUUAGCUCGCUAGUUAGCUUAGCUUGUUAGCUGCUAACAGAAGUUAUCAACACAUCGCUAAGUAGAGAUCAAGUGUGAGAGUAAAGUGUUGUGAUUGUGUGAAAAUGUCUACAUUACACAUGUUGAGAGCGUUGGUGGAUCAGCGACUAACUGCUGCCGUUGAAGAAAUAUUUGUAGUGUUAGAAAGAACGAUAGCAGAAUACGAGGCGGAACGUUCUAGAACAAAGGAGGAGAACAAGCUACUAUUGGACGCUGUUUUCAAGAAACAUCAAGUUGUGUUACACAGAACAGACCUCAAUGAAGAACAUUAUCUCCAUCAGCAGGAGGAGGAACCACAGCCCCUCCACAUUAAAGAGGAAGGAGAGGUACCAAAGCUCCAACACAUUAAAGAUCCACAGCCCCCCCACAUUAAAGAGGAAGAAGAGGUACCAAAGCUCCAACACAUUAAAGAUCCACAGCCCCCCCACAUUAAAGAGGAAGAAGAGGUACCACAGCUCCAACACAUUAAGGAGGAAACAGAGGAUCCACAGCCCCCCCACAUUAAAGAGGAAGAGGAGGAACACAGCAUCAGUCAGCCUAAAUGGUUGGAGGAGUUCCCAGUGACUGGUGUCCCUGUGAAGAGUGAAGAUGAUGAGGUCAAAGGUGAAAGUGAGGAGAAGAGAGAGGCGGAGCCUCCAAGCAGCAGCUCAACACAACACAUGACAACAGAAGCUGAUGGAGACCACUGUGGAGGAUCACAAGCAGACAAGAUCUGUUCAAUCUGUGGUAAAGGUUUCGAACGAAGUCACAAUUUGAAAGUACACAUGAGAACACACACUGGUGAAAAACCUUUUCCUUGUUCAAUCUGUGGUAAAGGUUUUAGAAGGAAGGAACAUUUGGAAAAACACACUAGAACACACACUGGUGAAAAAUCACAUUCCUGUUCAAUCUGCAACAGAAGCUUUUGUGAACGAUCAACACUUGUAGCACACAUGAGAAGACACCCAGGAGAGAAAGUGUUGAGUUGCAGUGUGUGUGGUGAAAGAUUGUCUUCUAAGUACCAGUGUAAGAAACACAAGUGUGCUGGUGAGAACAGCAGCAGCAAAUGAAGAUGCAGGAUUUGAAAUAAACUGUCAAGACUUUAAUGUUGACUUUCUAACAACAUCAGCACAUAUAACAUGUGUGACAUUGUUGUUUGUGUAACUAUCUUGUUAACAUGCUUCUAUAUUUUAGAUGACAUAUUCUAUACUAGUGAUAUUUUUCACUCAAAUACAUACAUUAAUAUGCAACAUUGAGUACUUUUAUUAAAAAUUGAAAGAGUGGAAACUCCCCCUCCAUUACUCGACACACGCCUGGAAGCCUGCGCACAUUUCUCAGUGAUGGAAGAGUGACUGCAGUGAAUAAUAAAGAGAAGGCAGAAUUAUUGGCUGAGACUUUUGCUAAAGUUCACAGUUCUGAGAAUUUGUUUGAGCAAGAAAAACAAGGCCAAUGGAAAACAAAUUGGGAAAUAGCGAAGCAUUUGGUGUCAAAUCUGAUUUUGGUGGACCCAAGAAUGCUUCUU